AACCUAGAGCCCCGCGGAAGAGCAGAACGUUUGGGAGUGUGCAGCUCCUGGGUCCGGCUCAGGCCCGUCGCGGAGGCGCGGCGCAGGGGAGCGCUCGGGUGGGAGUCUCGCUCCUCCACCAGUUUAUUGCGACGUAGCAUCCAGGCCUAGGCCUCCCCGUCCAUCCCCGCCGGACUCGGGCCUCUGGCAGCAGCGGGUGACGCAGACGGAACAUCAUGUCGUCCGCGGCCGAGCCUCCGCCACCCCCGCCUCCCGAGAGCGCGCCUUCCAAGCCCGCAGCCUCGAUCGCCAGCGGCGGGAGCAACAGCAGCAACAAAGGCGGCUCCGAAGGCGUCGCGGCGCAGGCGGUUGCGUCUGCGGCCAGCGCGGGUCCCGCAGACGCCGAGAUGGAGGAAAUAUUUGAUGAUGCAUCACCUGGAAAGCAAAAGGAAAUCCAAGAACCAGAUCCUACCUAUGAAGAAAAAAUGCAAACUGACCGGGCAAAUAGAUUCGAGUAUUUAUUAAAGCAGACAGAACUUUUUGCACAUUUCAUUCAACCUGCUGCUCAGAAGACUCCAACUUCACCUUUGAAGAUGAAACCAGGGCGCCCACGAAUAAAAAAAGAUGAGAAGCAGAACUUACUAUCCGUUGGCGAUUACCGACACCGUAGAACAGAGCAAGAGGAGGAUGAAGAGCUAUUAACAGAAAGCUCCAAAGCAACCAAUGUUUGCACUCGAUUUGAAGACUCUCCAUCGUAUGUAAAAUGGGGUAAACUGAGAGAUUAUCAGGUCCGAGGAUUAAACUGGCUCAUUUCUUUGUAUGAGAAUGGCAUCAAUGGUAUCCUUGCAGAUGAAAUGGGCCUAGGAAAGACUCUUCAAACAAUUUCUCUUCUUGGGUACAUGAAACAUUAUAGAAACAUUCCUGGUCCUCAUAUGGUUUUGGUUCCUAAGUCUACAUUACACAACUGGAUGAGUGAAUUCAAGAGAUGGGUACCAACACUUAGAUCUGUUUGUUUGAUAGGAGAUAAAGAACAAAGAGCUGCUUUUGUCAGAGACGUUUUAUUACCGGGAGAAUGGGAUGUAUGUGUAACAUCUUAUGAAAUGCUUAUUAAAGAGAAGUCUGUGUUCAAAAAAUUUAAUUGGAGAUACUUAGUAAUAGAUGAAGCUCACAGGAUCAAAAAUGAAAAAUCUAAGUUGUCAGAAAUAGUGAGGGAAUUCAAGACUACAAAUAGACUAUUAUUAACUGGAACACCUCUUCAGAACAACUUGCAUGAGCUGUGGUCACUUCUUAACUUUCUGUUGCCAGAUGUGUUUAAUUCAGCAGAUGACUUUGAUUCCUGGUUUGAUACAAACAACUGCCUUGGGGAUCAAAAGCUAGUUGAGAGGCUUCAUAUGGUUUUGCGUCCAUUCCUCCUUCGUCGAAUUAAGGCUGAUGUUGAAAAGAGUUUGCCUCCAAAGAAGGAAGUAAAAAUCUAUGUGGGCCUCAGCAAAAUGCAAAGGGAAUGGUAUACUCGGAUAUUAAUGAAGGAUAUAGAUAUACUCAACUCAGCAGGCAAGAUGGACAAAAUGAGGUUAUUGAACAUCCUAAUGCAGUUGAGAAAAUGUUGUAAUCAUCCGUAUCUCUUUGAUGGAGCAGAACCUGGUCCACCUUAUACAACAGAUAUGCAUCUAGUAACCAACAGUGGCAAAAUGGUGGUUUUAGACAAGCUGCUCCCUAAGUUAAAAGAACAAGGUUCACGAGUACUAAUCUUCAGUCAAAUGACAAGGGUAUUGGACAUUUUGGAAGAUUAUUGCAUGUGGAGAAAUUAUGAGUACUGCAGGUUGGAUGGUCAGACGCCCCAUGAUGAGAGACAAGACUCCAUUAAUGCAUACAAUGAACCAAACAGCACAAAGUUUGUUUUCAUGUUAAGCACGCGUGCUGGUGGUCUUGGCAUCAAUCUUGCGACUGCUGAUGUAGUAAUUUUGUAUGAUUCUGAUUGGAAUCCACAAGUAGAUCUUCAGGCUAUGGACCGAGCACAUAGAAUUGGGCAGACCAAGACAGUCAGAGUGUUCCGCUUUAUAACUGAUAACACUGUAGAAGAAAGAAUAGUAGAACGUGCUGAGAUGAAACUCAGACUGGAUUCAAUAGUCAUUCAACAAGGGAGGCUUGUGGAUCAGAAUCUGAACAAAAUUGGGAAAGAUGAAAUGCUUCAAAUGAUUAGACAUGGAGCAACACAUGUGUUUGCUUCAAAGGAAAGUGAGAUCACUGAUGAAGAUAUCGAUGGUAUUUUGGAAAGAGGUGCAAAGAAGACUGCAGAGAUGAAUGAAAAGCUCUCCAAGAUGGGCGAAAGUUCACUUAGAAACUUUACAAUGGAUACAGAGUCAAGUGUUUAUAACUUCGAAGGAGAAGACUACAGAGAAAAACAAAAGAUUGCAUUCACAGAGUGGAUUGAACCACCUAAACGAGAAAGAAAAGCCAACUAUGCCGUUGAUGCAUAUUUCAGGGAAGCUCUUCGUGUUAGUGAACCUAAAGCACCCAAGGCUCCUCGACCUCCAAAACAACCCAAUGUUCAGGAUUUCCAGUUCUUUCCUCCACGUUUAUUUGAAUUACUGGAAAAAGAAAUUCUGUUUUACAGAAAAACUAUUGGGUACAAGGUACCUCGAAAUCCUGAGUUGCCUAACGCAGCACAGGCACAAAAAGAAGAACAGCUUAAAAUUGAUGAAGCUGAAUCCCUUAAUGAUGAAGAGUUAGAGGAAAAAGAGAAGCUUCUAACACAGGGAUUUACCAAUUGGAAUAAGAGAGAUUUUAACCAGUUUAUCAAAGCUAAUGAGAAGUGGGGUCGUGAUGAUAUUGAAAAUAUAGCAAGAGAAGUAGAAGGCAAAACUCCAGAAGAAGUCAUUGAAUAUUCAGCUGUGUUUUGGGAAAGGUGCAACGAGCUCCAGGACAUAGAGAAGAUUAUGGCUCAGAUUGAAAGGGGAGAGGCGAGAAUUCAAAGAAGAAUAAGCAUCAAGAAAGCACUUGACACAAAGAUUGGACGGUACAAAGCACCUUUUCAUCAGCUGAGAAUAUCAUAUGGUACUAACAAAGGAAAAAACUAUACUGAAGAAGAAGAUCGUUUUCUGAUUUGUAUGCUUCACAAACUUGGAUUUGACAAAGAAAAUGUUUAUGAUGAAUUGCGACAGUGUAUUCGCAACUCUCCUCAGUUCAGAUUUGACUGGUUUCUUAAGUCCAGAACUGCAAUGGAGCUCCAGAGGAGAUGUAAUACCUUAAUUACUUUGAUUGAAAGAGAAAACAUGGAACUAGAAGAAAAGGAGAAGGCAGAGAAAAAGAAACGAGGACCAAAGCCUUCAACACAGAAACGUAAAAUGGAUGGCGCACCUGAUGGUCGAGGAAGAAAAAAGAAGCUGAAACUAUGAAUAUGUUUUUGUUUCAUAAUCACUAACUUUAAACCAGUAGUUCUUUAAUUUACGGGUCUUCAUAAGAUGUACUGUACAAUGCUCAAUUGUUAUGUCAUUUAAAGACAUCAGGUUCAUCUGUUUACUGAGCUAGAAACAUAGUAUGUAGUUUCACUUUUUUAAAUGCAACAGCUGUGCUGAAAUUUUUUUAUCAUUAACACUUGAAGUAAUAAAAUAGGCUUCAUUUAUUA